CAAGUUCCGGUUUUCUUCCUGUUUCCGCUCCUUUUAGAAAUAGGAAGUGAGAGAAAGCAAAAAGCAGUAAGGGUCACAUGGGAAACGGGAAGUGAGGGUACCGGGUACCUAGAGCACAAGCUGGAGGUAGGAGAGUGUGGCACGUAGAUAGAAAGUAUUAUAUGGUGGUAGCUGGAGAGUGCAGAGCUCAGCUGGAGAGGGUUAAAGAGUGGUAAGAGAGUGCAGAGCUCAGCUAUAGAGGGUUACAGAGGGAUAGAAGAGUGCAAAGCUCAGCUAGAGAGUGUUACAAAGGGGUAGGAGAGUGCAGAGCUCAGCUAUAGAGGGUUACAGAGGGAUAGAAGAGUGCAGAGCUCAGCUAUAGAGGGUUACAGAGGGAUAGAAGAGUGCAGAGCUCAGCUAGAGAGUGUUACAAAGGGGUAGGAGAGUGCAGAGCUCAGCUGGAGAGGGUUAAAGAGUGGUAAGAGAGUGCAGAGCUCAGCUAUAGAGGGUUACAGAGGGAUAGAAGAGUGCAAAGUUCAGCUAGAGAGGGUUACAAAGGGGUAGAAGAGUGCAGAGCUCAGCUAGAAAGUGUUACAGAGGGAUAAGAGAGUGCAGAGCUCAGCUAGAAAGUGUUACAGAGGGAUAAGAGAGUGCAGAGCUCAGCUAGAGAGUAUUACAGAGGGAUACGAGAGUGCAGAGCUAAGCUAGAGAGUAUUACAGAGGGAUACGAGAGUGCAGAGCUAAGCUAUAGAGGGUUACAGAGGGGCAGGAGAGUGCACAGCUCAGUUAGAGAGGGUUACAGAAGGAUAGGAGAGUGCAGAGCUCAGCUAGAGAGGGUUACAGAGGGGUAGGAGAGUGCAGAGCUCAGCUAGAGAGUGUUACAGAGGGAUAGGAGAGUGCAGAGCUCAGUUAGAGAGGGUUACAGAGGGAUAGGAGAGUGCAGAGCUCAGCUAGAGAGGGUUACAGAGGGGUAGGAGAGUGCAGAGCUCAGCUAGAGUGUUACAGAGGGAUAGAAGAGUGCAGAGCCCAGCUAGAGAGUAUUACAGAGGGAUACGAGAGUGCAGAGCUCAGCUAGAGAGUGUUACAGAGGGAUAGGAGAGUGCAGAGCUCAGUUAGAGAGGGUUACAGAGGGAUAGGAGAGUGCAGAGCUCAGUUAGAGAGGGUUACAGAGGGAUAGGAGAGUGCAGAGCUCAGUUAGAGAGGGUUACAGAGGGAUAGAAGAGUGCAAAGCUCAGCUAGAGAGUGUUACAAAGGGGUAGGAGAGUGCAGAGUUCAGCUGGAGAGGGUUAAAGAGUGGUAAGAGAGUGCAGAGCUCAGCUAUAGAGGGUUACAGAGGGAUAGAAGAGUGCAAAGUUCAGCUAGAGAGGGUUACAAAGGGGUAGAAGAGUGCAGAGCUCAGCUAGAAAGUGUUACAGAGGGAUAAGAGAGUGCAGAGCUCAGCUAGAGAGUAUUACAGAGGGAUACGAGAGUGCAGAGCUAAGCUAGAGAGUAUUACAGAGGGAUACGAGAGUGCAGAGCUAAGCUAUAGAGGGUUACAGAGGGGCAGGAGAGUGCACAGCUCAGUUAGAGAGGGUUACAGAAGGAUAGGAGAGUGCAGAGCUCAGCUAGAGAGGGUUACAGAGGGGUAGGAGAGUGCAGAGCUCAGCUAGAGAGUGUUACAGAGGGAUAGGAGAGUGCAGAGCUCAGUUAGAGAGGGUUACAGAGGGAUAGGAGAGUGCAGAGCUCAGCUAGAGAGGGUUACAGAGGGGUAGGAGAGUGCAGAGCUCAGCUAGAGUGUUACAGAGGGAUAGAAGAGUGCAGAGCCCAGCUAGAGAGUAUUACAGAGGGAUACGAGAGUGCAGAGCUCAGCUAGAGAGUGUUACAGAGGGAUAGGAGAGUGCAGAGCUCAGCUAGAGAGUAUUACAGAGGGAUACGAGAGUGCAGAGCUAAGCUAGAGAGUAUUACAGAGGGAUACGAGAGUGCAGAGCUCAGUUAGAGAGGGUUACAGAGGGAUAGGAGAGUGCAGAGCUCAGUUAGAGAGGGUUACAGAGGGAUAGAAGAGUGCAGAGCUCAGUUAGAGAGGGUUACAGAGGGAUAGGAGAGUGCAUAGCUCAGUUAGAGAGGGUUACAGAGGGAUAGGAGAGUGCAGAACUCAGCCAGAGAGUGUUACUGUUGUAGGAGAACUUAGCCAACGCGUUACUAGAGGAUAGCUGUGUGAUUGGCUGUGCAGAUUUUUGCACAUUCUGAGAGACCGCUACUGACUGCAGAAGAACAUCACAAAGAAAGAGGUGAGGUCCUGAGGAGAGGAUGCACUAGAAAGUGUUACAGAGGGAUAAGAGAGUGCAGAGCUCAGCUAGAGAGUAUUACAGAGGGAUACGAGAGUGCAGAGCUAAGCUAGAGAGUAUUACAGAGGGAUACGAGAGUGCAGAGCUAAGCUAUAGAGGGUUACAGAGGGGCAGGAGAGUGCACAGCUCAGUUAGAGAGGGUUACAGAAGGAUAGGAGAGUGCAGAGCUCAGCUAGAGAGGGUUACAGAGGGGUAGGAGAGUGCAGAGCUCAGCUAGAGAGGGUUACAGAAGGAUAGGAGAGUGCAGAGCUCAGCUAGAGAGGGUUACAGAGGGGUAGGAGAGUGCAGAGCUCAGCUAGAGAGUGUUACAGAGGGAUAGGAGAGUGCAGAGCUCAGUUAGAGAGGGUUACAGAGGGAUAGGAGAGUGCAGAGCUCAGCUAGAGAGGGUUACAGAGGGGUAGGAGAGUGCAGAGCUCAGCUAGAGUGUUACAGAGGGAUAGAAGAGUGCAGAGCCCAGCUAGAGAGUAUUACAGAGGGAUACGAGAGUGCAGAGCUCAGCUAGAGAGUGUUACAGAGGGAUAGGAGAGUGCAGAGCUCAGUUAGAGAGGGUUACAGAGGGAUAGGAGAGUGCAGAGCUCAGUUAGAGAGGGUUACAGAGGGAUAGGAGAGUGCAGAGCUCAGUUAGAGAGGGUUACAGAGGGAUAGAAGAGUGCAGAGCUCAGUUAGAGAGGGUUACAGAGGGAUAGGAGAGUGCAUAGCUCAGUUAGAGAGGGUUACAGAGGGAUAGGAGAGUGCAGAACUCAGCCAGAGAGUGUUACUGUUGUAGGAGAACUUAGCCAACGCGUUACUAGAGGAUAGCUGUGUGAUUGGCUGUGCAGAUUUUUGCACAUUCUGAGAGACCGCUACUGACUGCAGAAGAACAUCACAAAGAAAGAGGAUGUAUUCCUGGCUCUCCUAUAUCUGUCUCGCUGCUGUUUCUAGCUUGGCUGUUGGAGAAGCUGUCAUUAAUGACUGCCAGCUGGUGGGUGAUGCUGACAAGAAGUCUACAGUAGAGCAGGCGUUACUGCAACGACUGGCGCCACUGAAGCACAAGAGGUUUGUGACACAGACUCAGGAGGGUACAGGCACCUAUACCUACACCUUUGUAGUAUGUGGUCGGGCUGACAAUGAUACCGGCAGUACCGUUGGGCUAAUGCAGACCAGAACAGAACCCAAAGAGAACACCGCCAUUGGCCGCAUCAGUCAGACGCACAUCAUGAAUGGAAGUCAUUGGAUUAUGAUGAUCUACAGAGGAGGAGAUAAGUACGACAACCACUGUGGGAGCGAAGAAAGAAAAGCGACGAUAAUGAUACUGUGUGACAAGAGUACCCUGGCGGAUGGCUGUGAUUUUGUGUGCCGAUCCCGUCCUCGCUCCGCUGAGACUGCAUACCGAGGGGUGGGAGAUGAUCAGCUUGGUGAGGAACCAGAAGAAAGAGAUGACCACUUGCUACCUAUGUGAUGACAGCUUAGGUUGCCCCUAUUAGCAUAGUCACUAGGAGAAGUACAGAUCCUCGCUCCUCCUCCGUUUCUGUGACUCAGCCUACCCUGCAGGAGGGGACCUAUAUCCCCAAAUGCCACACACUGUGCACUUGGGCUUUGCAGAUUGGACCAAAGCUAAUAUCCUUGUUGAUGCCCUAUCUGUAUGAGCUCUUGUGUCUGAUAUGAAACUGUUUCAAUAGCCCUAAAGUGAAGCAGAAAGAUUGUUGUAUUAUUACAGGUGUGAUCACAGACUGGCUCUCUACUGGAUGAAAUAGCUGGGAACUAUUUGCCUUCAUUUGCUGUUACACUCGGGACCUGACUGGCGCUAUCAUACGUGUAUUGGCUACAUAUGUUACUGAUUGAAGCAGCUGCAACCUGUUGCCGGAAUUGAUGUCAAACAAGGGGGGAAGUCACAGUGAAAGACACCACUACGUGAUACACAAAGGGAAGGUCUGUUGUUGCAGAACUGUCGUGCAAUUUAGCGUUCAUCUGACAACCGCAUUUAUUAGUAGCUCCCCUAGCUUAUUCUCAUUUCCAGCUCACUCCUUUUUCUUUAAGUUUUCCUUUCUCAAGGGUGUUUACUUUGUGAUUUAUUGGUUUUGGGAGAAUUGUUUUGUACAAAUAUAAUAAAAUAAUGAAGCCCUUG